UAUAGCCGAUGCCCCACCGUACCAAACGAGGACGAGAUGCCGAGUCAUAUCGAGACAGCGAUGCAGCGAUGGUUCAGGGAGUAUAUCCCGGACGAGGAUGACACCUUGGGUGAACUUCUGGCACACUAUCACCGACGAUGGAGGAGGGCUAUUCCCUAUGGGAUCGAUGGCGCGGAGGCCAUUACGCUUUUGAUUCCACUACUGCCACCUUUGUGGCGAGACUGGGCGACAUCUUUAGUGCCCCAGUACGUAGAUACUACCUGGUUGGAGGGCAUCAGGUACGGAGACCUUAGUGGCUUCAUCGCGACGCUGAGCCACCGUUAUUUUGCUCAUGGCGAUCCGCCUUCACCGCCGUAUGGAGAGCUUGAGGGACCAGCCCAGGGAAGGGAGCUAGUUGUUGUGCCUCCACCUCUCGAGGAGCCGUUUCUGAUGGCACCUCUACCCCCAGCUGAUCCGAUUUCAGUUUCUCUCGAGUCUGAUGAUCCAGAGCCGAUGGUUUUCGAGCCGUACUCACCUGGGAUUGAGCGUGAUCCGUUUGCGUUUGUAUCACUUAUUCCUUCUCCCAGCGCUGAUUUCCCGCCUUGGGAUUUGACACCGGCGACGACACCGUUGCCAUUGCCACCUGCUGAGUCGGCACAGCUGAUUGUUUCUACUGAGUCUGAGACGCAGCAUGUUCCUUCUGAUCCAUAUCCGAGGGUUGCCCCGCUGCCUGAGCUUGGCACUUUGGCUUUUCAGACGUACAUGCACUCGAUUCUAUAUUCACCGUACCGAGACGCUCAGGAGGGAGGAUCUCGGCCGGCACGCUCCGAUAUGGAUGAGUCAGACUACGACAGCCCGUAUUGA